UAUGUGUGUUAUUUUUAUGAACAAUAGCAAGUUUUUCGUCCACUUCAUGCUUAUGUAAAAUCGAAGCAACCGAAUCCUUUCGGUCACAUAUUCGUCGCACUUUUCCGGGUGCAAUAGACUUAUCACUGCGGCCCGUGCUUCAUCAUCAAUCACACGAUGCUGGCAGUCCGUCCGCUAUUGUCGAAGGCACUAUGGCUGCCGUCAAUCAACGGUGCCAUCCAGGUGCUGCCACUGCGAUCGAAGGCCACCAUGCCGGUGGUGCAGAAUGAUAAACCAGAGAAACUACCGUACAGUCCGUUCGGCACGAAGCAGUCGAGCUGGGCGGAUUGGACUGUGGCCCGGUUGGAUGAUGUGCUCAACUGGGGCCGAAAGGGUUCGAUCUGGCCACUCACGUUCGGACUGGCGUGUUGCGCAGUGGAAAUGAUGCACAUCGCCGCCCCACGGUACGAUAUGGACCGUUUUGGGGUGGUGUUUCGGGCAUCGCCACGCCAAGCAGAUGUCAUUAUCGUGGCCGGAACGCUGACAAACAAAAUGGCACCAGCGUUGCGAAAGGUAUACGAUCAAAUGCCGGAGCCCCGCUGGGUCAUUUCGAUGGGAAGCUGUGCGAACGGCGGUGGGUAUUACCAUUAUUCGUACUCGGUCGUGCGUGGCUGCGACCGCAUCAUACCGGUUGAUAUUUACGUACCGGGUUGCCCGCCCACUGCUGAAGCGCUACUGUACGGUGUGCUGCAGCUGCAGAAGAAGGUAAAGCGCAUGAAAACGGUCCAGAUGUGGUACCGCAAAUAGACCAUUGACCGACACUGCGGUGCGGAUCGACAUGGUGCAAAUUGUAGAAUAGAAAGUAUGGCCGAGCAACCGCUGGGGUGGUGCGUAAAUGUUUGAUUUCGAAUCAAUAUGAUUACGUGGCCAUGAUUACCUAUGAUUGUAAAAACUCUAAUCGUGUUAUGUUAAUAAAAAAGAACUAAUUUCAAAACGAG